GUGCCCAGGAUGCACGCCUGCCCUAUGCCCCUGCCACCGUGUCACUCGCCCUGCCCUGGAAUGUCCCCUCGAUGGCCUGACUACGCGGUCACCGUUGCUCCGCCCAAGGCAUCGCACCCCCCCCCAUCCCAUGGACACUACACCACUGAGUCUAGCAACACCCGCUACUAAAUUAGCUUCCUCUAAGAGAGAGAGAAAAUGUAGAAAAUGCAAUUAUAUUGUAGGGUUUGAUGUUGACUUCAACAGCUACAUUAACAUUGACAUUUUUGCCAGCCAAAUUCAGAAAAAGAAAAAUAACUAGGAAAAAGGAAAGUGACGAUAAAAAAAUAUUGAUUGCACAUUUUUAAACAAGUAAAAUGCUUAUUUUUUUUCUGUGUUUCCCAAUAGGUAAAGCAGAUUGGAAAAAGAAGAACAAGUAUUUCUGGCAAAAUUUCCGAAAGAAUCAGAAGGGGCUAAUGAGGCAGUCUUCAAAAGGAGAAGAUGUUGGUUACGUGGCCAGUGAGAUCACAAUGAGUGAUGAGGAGCGGAUCCAGCUAAUGAUGAUGGUUAAGGAAAAGAUGAUCACUAUUGAGGAAGCACUUGCCAGGCUUAAAGAAUAUGAAGCACAACAUCGGCAGUCAGGCAGCACGGACUCUUCUGAUUGGCCUGAUGGUCCUUACCCAGGUUUUGAUAGUUCUUCUAAUUGUAAUUCAAGAGAGCAAUCAGAUGAUGAAUCGGAGGAAUCUGUGAAGUUCAAGAGACUGCAUAAGUUGGUCAACUCAACUCGUAGGGUCAGAAAGAAGUUAAUCAGAGUAGAAGAAAUUAAAAAACCCAGCACUGAAGGGAUUGAAGAGCAUUCAUUUGACAGCUUUCCAGUACCAGAUGACAGAUCGGCACUUUACUCUGGAGUUCAAAAGAAGCAGCGCUACUUGGAUAGCUCUUCUGAAAAACAACCAGAUGACGACACAAACUCACUCACCACAUCUCCUUCAUCUAGCAGCCUAGACACUUGGGGUACCAACAAGAAGUUGCUCAAGACUCUUAUUAAGUCUGACAGCCGUGGCCUUAUUAAGCCACCAAAGAAGACUGGGACAUUCUUUUCCUACCCAGAAGAGGAAAAGACUCCCAAGGUUUGCCGCUCCUUGACAGAUGGAGAGAUGAAGAAGAACCUUGGUUCUCUGAGCCACGGGAGGACCUGCAGCUUUGGUGGAUUUGACUUGACAAAUCGCUCAUUAAACAUCGGAAACAAUUUGGAUCCAAUGGGCAAAGAUGGUGAUUUUGUUUACAAAGAAGUGAUCAAAUCCCCUUCUACUUCCCGCAUAUCCCUUGGCAAAAAGGUGAAAUCUGUUAAAGAAACCAUGAAGAAACGAAUGUCAAAAAAAUAUAGCAGUUCUUUGUCAGAGCAGGACUCCAGCCAAGAAGUUAUGCCAGAAUCCCCUAAAUCACCACAGCCAGAUACUGAUUGUCUGGAUAAGCCGAAGCUGAAAGGUGGUGGUUCGGUAGAAAGCUUGAGAAGCUCCCUAAGUGGUCAGAGUUCAGUGAGUGGACAGACAAUAAGCACAACCGAUUCCUCCGCCAGCAACAGAGAGAGUGUCAAGUCUGAGGAUGGGGAUGAUGAAGAACUUCCUUACAGAGGACCUUUCUGUGGUCGUGCCAGGGUUCACACUGACUUUACCCCCAGUCCAUAUGACACAGACUCCCUGAAGCUAAAGAAGGGUGAUAUCAUUGAUAUAAUCAGCAAACCUCCUAUGGGUACCUGGAUGGGUCUGUUGAACAAUAAAGUGGGUACCUUCAAAUUCAUCUAUGUUGAUGUUUUAAAUGAAGAGGAAGAGAAGCCAAAAAGGCCAACAAGGAGGCGACGAAAGGGAAAACAUCCUCAGCCAAAAUCAGUUGAGGAUCUUCUUGAUCGCAUCAACUUAAAGGAGCACAUGCCCACUUUCCUGUUCAAUGGCUACGAAGACUUAGAUACCUUUAAGCUUCUGGAGGAAGAAGACUUGGAUGAGCUCAACAUUCGGGAUCCUGAGCAUAAAGCAGUUCUCUUGACAGCAGUGGAACUGCUACAGGAAUAUGACAGUAACAGUGACCAUUCAGGCUCUCAGGAGAAACUCUUCACAGAUGCCCAGGGCCUAAGUGGGUGCUCUCCUCGAGAUUCAGGCUGCUAUGAAAGCAGUGAAAACCUGGAGAAUGCUAAGAGUCAAAAACCUUGUCUUCUGCCUUCAAAAUCAGCCAAUGAAUACAGUUUUAAGGAUUGCCACAGAAAUCCUCUAGCUACUCUGCCACUGACGAAAUCAAUAGAGCAAGGAGAAAAGGCACAACUUGGUUGUAUGCAUCAUGUUAGAAAGAGUUACCUCAAGCCCCCUCCAGUCAUGACUCUGAAGAAGAACCACAGAAGUUUACCAGUUGGCAUCUGUCAGAGCUGUGGGACCCCAGGAGGCAAUCAGAGGAUGCAGACAUGGCCAAGAUCUCAUUCUCUGGGGGACCUCCAGCAAGAAAUUGACACCAAGACUGAAGACUCUUUAAAGAUGCCAGAUGAUUUCCCUCAAGGUGCACUAGAUCGAACAAAAAAAUCAAUCAGCUAUGAUGGCAGUGGGCAGGUGACAGAACAGUUGGUGGCUAAAAAUAGUGGCAGUGCAGUUUUUGUUUGUGGGAAAGCAAAAGAAUUGCACUUUCCCACAGCCAUCCCUUCCAAUGGAACGUUUCCUCUAUUCCUGCCUCGGAAUUGUGACAUUCAGUCAUCUUUACUUACACAUGACAUAAAAUGGACAUCCCUUGAAAACUAUCAAAAGAGUAGUUCUGAUGUUGAAAGGACUGAUCGUUCUCUAGUCUUCAAGGAAAUUGCAGAAGCUGAACAGAAGAAAGUGAGCGAGACAAGAAUACAGCCAAAAACCUCUCCACAGCCACCGCCAGUCCCUGCGAAAAAAAGCAGAGAGCGUCUUGCUAACGGACAUGGUCAUCCCCCUUCAGCUCCUUGUAGUUCAGAUGUGCCAUCUUUGCCAGCAAAAAAGGUCAGCCCAUCUAGUCUCACUGAUGCCCACGUAUUGACUUUUUGCAAGUCAUCUCCUGAACAGGAGCCCAGGAGCCCUUCGUGUGUACGGCCUCCUUGGUUUUCAGAUCUUCCAGAAACUUCCAGCAUCCAGCAACAUGUCCUAAAACUAGGUCCUUCUUCAGCAAGGAAAAUCUCUUGUAAUAGAGGGCUGGAUCUGGAAAUGUUGAUAGAAAACAAGCUGCAGUCUGAAGAUAUUGAUCUCACAGAAGACCCUUAUUCUGACAAGCAUGGUCGCUGUGGGAUUCCUGAAGCUUUAGUGGAAAGAUACUCUGAAGACCUAGAGCAGCCUGAAAAGGAAGUUGCUACAAACAUGGACCAGAUCCGGGUGAAGCAGCUGAGGAAGCAGCACCGUAUGGCAAUUCCUAGUGGCGGCCUUACUGAAAUCUACCGAAAACCUGUAUCUUCUGGACAUAUCACUUCCAUAGCUGAUUGGCUGGUUUCUAUUGGCCUCCCAAUGUACUCAAGUUCCCUCAUGGCAGCAGGAGUUAAUGAUCUAAGCAAAGUGCCUUCUCUGUCACAAACUUGCCUUCAGGAGGCUGGCAUCAGAGAAGAGAGGCACAUCAGCAAACUUCUUGCUGCAGCAAGACUCUUCAAUUCUGAGACAAUUUAACAUGCUGUGGAAUGUAGUAUCUGCCUCUUGAUGAAUCUACAGUUCCUUCCAUUUCUUCAGUUCCUUCAUUUUAUCUGUAAUUUCUUCAGAGGACCAAGCAACAGAGGUUCUUGAGAAAGACUGAAUCUCUUAUCUUUUUGGUCUCAUGUAAAGGAGAAUAGAAGCAGCUGUCAGCUGUGGGGGAAAUCAUAUUCCUUAAUUCCACCCUCCCUUCUCCAACGGAAGACACAAGAAAUUGUUGUAGUUUUUUAAAGGACUCUGGGAUUGUCUGUGUCAGUUGCUAAACAGAGAUCUUUCUACUUACUCAAAAAUAAUUAAAAACUACACCAUCUAAACCCUAGGAGUUAGGAAGAUGGUUGAGGGAAGGGAGUAAUGUUAGGCCUCUGAAUGUUAUGGGUCACCUCAUUUGUAAAAAGGUAAUUCACUGACCACCGGUCAUCGUUACAAUCCUCAGUCUACAUAAAAAUAAGUACAUCCUAGCGAAAAAGAGGACAUCUCCAUGAGCAAACACAUCAUGGAUCUAUUAAUGGGGGCUCUCUUUUCAUUCUAGCAAUCAGAUAUUGAAUACAUUUGGGGUAGCUUUACAGGCUGCUGAACCUCUAAGUAGGCCAAAGUUAUAAAUUGCAUUUGCUUUACAACUGACCCAACCUUUAUGGCAGUGCAACGUACUGAAUCUACUCAAAACACUCCCUGUCUGCAUAAAAAUUAAAUCAUUUUUAUAAUUGUUUUUAAUCCUCCACUUUUUAUUUGCCUUAAUAAAUGCUUCUGAGAAGUUCACUUGGCAGCGUUUAUGGUUCCAUAGAUCUUACUUUGGGGAAACUUACAAUUUUUUUUCAUCUAAAACCAUUUCUAUAGAUUAUCUCAUGGUAAUAUCUAUUUUGUAAAGUUGCUGCUUUUUUAAAAUCAAAGUUUCUCAGGCUAACAAUGUGUUUAUGGCAGUCUGCAUUUGCUGGUUUUACUAGAAGGUGAAAAGAUAUUUCGCCUUGCAUAUGUGUGUGUGUGUGUACACACACACACAUACAUAUAAACCCUCUGCUUUUCAUUUUUAUCACAAUUUGAUGUACUGUGUUAUACUGUCAAAUACUUUGCUGCAGCUUUGACUUAGUAUCCUGACCAUAUCAGUGGAAACACUGGUUUCUUAAGGGGAAGUAAACUGAACCAAGUAAACAAAGUGUGUCUCAUCCACAGCAACAUAACAAUACAGUGGAAAAGAGUUCACAUCAUGAUUCUUGCAUACAUCAAAAUACCUUCACUUUUGUAGAUGUUGAAGGAUGCAGUCCUAUGUAUUGUUACCUGGGAAUAAUAUCUACUGAACAUGAAAGUAGUUAUUUCUGAGUUAACAUGCAUAGCAUUGUACUGAAAAUGACUUGGCUAUACUAAAAGGAAAAAUAUUCUGCAUGGCUUCGACAGGCAGUUUUUUCUCCAUACUACUACAUUUUAUUUUCUAAAACUAUUAAAAAAUAUAAAAACUACUUGCUUGUGUCAACAUAAAAUUUAUUUUUAUACAUGAAGACCAGACAUUUUGUAUACCCAAAAAAAGCUCAGUUUGAGUUACAAUGUAUAGAUCAUUCUGUAGGAUCCAUAAACAAAUUAGUUGCCUUUUCAUUUUACAACAGUAAAGGCUUUUAAGGAUGAACAAGCAAGUAAAAUAUAUAACAAACUCAGCAGGCUGCUGGGAACUGAAAGGUUUACUUCUAACCAGCUCUGUAAUGUCAACCUAUUUGCCCUUCUGUGCCUCCUGUACUGUACCAAUAAAAUAAAAAUGGUUUAUGCAGCUUCUUAAAAUGCAUUCAGUAUAAACAGAACACUGUGCUAUAAAUGCAAAAGGCAGUGCUAUUGCCUUCCCCGAAACUGCUUUGGACUGUAUGUAAAAUGUCUUUAGGCAUUACAUGUCUAAAAAACAAUGCCUAAAAUUGUCAUGUCCAAAGCUGUUCUGGAUUUUCCUUCCUUUUGGAAGCUUGACAGAGUAGUAAGUUCUAACAGGACAGCAAUGGAGAAUGUGAGGCAUCAUUGAAUGUGGAUUUUUUUUUUAAAAAAAAAAAGAAAGCUAAUCCCAUAAAAAUUAAUAACAGUUGCUUCAACUGUAAAGCUUGGAAGUGCAUUCUUUUAUCGCCAGAGGAAUGAAACUCAAAGAUACUUGCCACAGAAGUUCCAUUUCCUGGUUAGAGUUAUACUCUGGCCCCAAUGACAUUACAUAGAAGCAAGUCUUGAAGAAACCAGUGGAACUGUUUGAGACACUGUCCAGCUGAAGCUAAGUGUUUUGAAAUUUCUUGGACUUGAAUGGGAAUUCUGACAAUGGAGCUUCGCAGUGCUUAACUUUGGCUGGAUGAAGUGAAGUUUUUUUAAGGUCAGGAUUGUAGGCUUUAGUCAUAUUAUCACACUUUCUUCAAAUAUAAUCAGAAAGAUGGGUAACCCUAGGAUUGUUCUUCCUCACCACAAUAGCCUCCAAAUUAUCUUGUCCUCAUGAGUGUCUACUUUAAUGUAAAAUUGCUUUGCAUCUGCUACACACCUUGUAUGUAGCAUGUGUUUCUAAUGUAGGUGAGCUCUCACUAAAAUGAUUCUCUUUCUACAUUAUACUUUUUCAGUGUAAGAGUAUGUCUUUUCCAUGUCUAAAAGCAGCAGUGGCGUAGUGGUUAAGAGCAGGUGCAUUCUAAUCUAGAGGAACAGAGUUUGAUUCCCCGCUCUGCUGCCUGAGCUGUGGAGGCUUAUUAGGGGAAUUCAGAUUG